AUACCGGUAUUAUCCCCUACGGUGCCCAAAUUGGCCCUCGUACAGGACCAGCCAUCAGUACCCUUACUGCACCAUACUGUACAGGAUCGCAGUAAUCGCGCACGCACACUCAGCGUACAGCCACACAGCAGCUGCGGCGACAUUAACUACCGUACGGUCGUAGGAUCACCGCACACACCUACCGUACGCAAAAUAGAUGUUCCAUACCACGAGCCCCGGCAGCAAACCGGGUGGGCGCACAAGUUUGGGCGCCGCCACUUUGCUCUCCGCACGCAAUUUUUCUGGUCCUUCUGCUUUAGGGACGAGGGCGAAUGGUCAUUCGAGGACGAUAUCGGAUUCGAGAGAUCUUCUGCAACACGUACACAAAAUAUCCGGCCCCGCCUCUCCGAACCUGUCAACUCUCUCCUCGUCACCCCCGCCGUCACGGUAUCCUCCAAAAAAGCCGAGCAGUUUACCAGAAUCAUCAGACAACCAAUCGGGCUAUUUUGACACUUUAUCUGUUGACUCUGCAAGCGUUGCUUCUUUUGACUCGGCUGGCCAACCGCGUGUCCGCCGUCUUUGCUCUCCAGAAAACAGCCGCCGUCCUUUCGUUCCACCCCCGUGUCGCCAAUCAACAAAUCUUCGGCCAUCACCGCAAAGUAAAGAUUUGGGGGGUAUCUACACCGGGCGUCUCACGGAGCAAGCCUUGCGCGACCAAGAAGCGGUACAGUGCGGCGAUUUGGACGAUACGGUACCGAAGCCGCAACCUGCUCCCUAUCAAUCAAUUAGUUCUGCACCCCGAAAUCCCGCAGCACAAAGCUCUGGAAAGGGUGGGGUAAUGACGUCCUCAACCCCCGGAGAGUAUGGAGCCGACGGGCGCAAUUGGAGAUAUAGAUCCACAAGUUCUGCCAGUACCUACUCAGAUCCAACUCGAAAGUCCGAGAGUGGUGCGGAAAGCGUUGUACAGGGGACUGUGAGUAAGGCCUUCGGAAGCAGACCAGGCCGAUUCCCAUUUGGGCAGAGGUCCAGUGCUUCGGGGCCUAUGGGCCUUGGCAAUCAUGAGGAUGGUGGACAUAGCGAAUCCUCACAGCCCACUAUGGAAGGAUCGAAGGAAGGGGCGAAAUCUGCAGAGGGGAAUGGGGACUCGAUGUCGGGCAACAGGCUUGUAUCAACGUCUAUGCCUGCCAACCCGAAAAUGCCUUUCCGCUUGAUAACGGCUCGAGCGCAAGGGAAGGCGAGAUCUGCCCAAGAGCAAAGCGAUAGUCAUGGGAAACAGCAUUCGGGUUCACCUUCAAACGCCCCUAGACAUGGAUCAUCCAAUGCUGUGGCAGUGGGGACCCGGGCCAAUUCUUCACCCAAGGAUUCUAAGGCCCCACGGCAAGCUGCUUCAUCUCUUCCCACUCCAAGCCCCGAUAGGCACUUGUCUCGUAGGGAUAAAGUCCACAUCUCCAAAUCUGAUGCCUCACCAGCUGCUCCCAAACAACAAUCCCAGAAACCGUCACACAAGAGAAAUGCUACUAUAUCCUCCAUCCAUCGUACAUUAUCCGGCGAGCAAGCCUCUGGGAAAGCCAGAGAUGAGCGGAAUAGAUCCUUAAGUGCCGCAUCAAUUAGAGGAAAUGCUAUCAGAGACAAGCCUGCCACUCGACCGGUCUCUACGACUUCAACUAUAGGGGCAGAGAGCUCACUCGAGGUUGCCCCGAGUGAGGCGUUGGUGACCGAUGCGAAUCCUGAGCAGCAUAUCCCAGAAGAAACCUCAGAAGCGAUGCGAAAGGGCUCGCGUGCCGGCCGAAGCUCUAGCACAAGUAGUUGGACGACCGACAUCUCGGAACCUGGGGCCGAUUUUUUAUCCCGAAAACCAGCACGUGGCGGGCGGCGGAUUUCCGGAGCAGCCAGCACCAUCAAACCGAUAUCAAGCAAUCAUAAUGAUCCAAACUUUGAGGCCCAUGAACAGGAGCCACCCCCUGAAACCAACGGCACAGAUACCAAACCUGCACGAAGUGAAUUCGGGUGGUUUGCCCAGGGCUUCUUGAAGCGCCCCUCGGAGGCUGAUUACGAAGACCUUGCACCAGCCUCAAGAGCUGGCAGCGUACAAACGUCCCGAUAUACGCCUACCCCAUCCCCAUCCAAGCAUAGGGAUGCUCGAAAGAAAAGCAUCCCGAUUCGCCGGGGUCUACAAGAUAUCAAACUGGCAAGAAAGUCCCCUCUGGAGGAAGAAGAGUCCGAUUUUGAUUCUCUCGAAUACCUUCUGGAGAAUGACCAGGAUUUUUCUGCGCUGUUUACAUCGGUGGAUGACGACGAGGAUGACACGGCACUCUUACUCGCCAACCUACCAACAUAUAAACCACCGGCGGCGCAGAAGUCAAACGUCAGGCCACGAGCUGAGGCCGAGGCUGGCGACCAAAUGCGGGAGCAAGAACGUGCAGUGCAUGAGAAGUUGAUGAACCGUCUCCGAACGCUACACCUGGAGGUACGAUCAGCUACUAGGGGUCUCGAUGUGCUGGAGGGCUUCUUGGACGGGGCCGGAUCGAGCGGGGAUCUUAGUGAAUGCUGGGACGACGCUACUCAGAGGAAGGAAUAUAUGCGGAGGCUUCGCAAGGAGGAACAAAAACAACGGCUGAUACUAGAGCGUAGAGCGAGGCAGAGGAUGGCCUUUCUCGGCGCCCCGCUUCCUUGGAGCAAAUGGCUGGUAAAGUGGGGGUUCGUAGCUUUCCUAGUUGUGAUCAUCUGGUAUCUCCUCGAGUUAGCGGUGUUGUAAGUUAAACCCCUACCCCAAUUAUCCAUUGUUCCAGUACAGCAAUCGUGGCCUAGACAGGGACUAAUCCGAAAUCUUUGCUAGCCUUCAUUCUAUGCCUCCGUCGUAUUCAUCCGUUGCCAUCGAACGUAAACCACCCCCGGAAUUUGGAACGCUUUUGUCUCACACAAUCCUCAAGCCGGCGAAAAUCAUCUUUCACUGCGCCUGGCUGAUCCAGCACGGAGUCAUCACGACGAUGAAUCUCACCUCCGCACUCCUCCUCGCGCUCCUUGGGCCCUGUAAGGCUACUUUCUUGAACAUGCUUUCAUACUCAUGGCAUGUCGUGACUGCAAUUGCUGCAUCUUUAUUAUCCUCUUUAUUAUCAUUCUCUUCACCUACGUUCACCUCUCCCGCCCGUGGCGCUUCGGAAGCUGUGCGCACCACCUUGGCAGAGUAUGCCGAUGUUUCAGCUGCAGGGAUGCCACAGGCGCUAGGCUCUGAUCAAGUUAUUAAUUGAGUAGUCUAAUUGUUUGACUAAUUUUGUAUAGAAUCAUCCUUUCUGUCCUUCUCCCAUAUCUUUCUUAAGGGCCUGGCCUGGUUGAUUAUUUCCCCAUUCGAAUUUUUAUUUCCCUCAUUAUUAUUUCCAAAAAAAAAAAGAGCUUUACUACUUCAUUGCUUCUAUUAUUGUUUUAUUUAUGAUAUUGUAUUUAUCCUUUUUGUUAUGCUUGUUUCGGGUUUUCUGGAAAAAGUAUGAUGUCAUUAUUUCUCGUAUCAUACCGUGUGCUAUUAUAACAGGAGGAUGGUGGUGGGGGAAGUGUGCAGUUAGUGUAAUUAUGGCUCUUUCUUUGUUCUUGCUUAUGAUAUUUGUUCUACGAGUAUUUGGCCAUGGUGUGGGUGUAUGGAUGGGUGUUUUGGCAUUUUCUCGGGGGUUAGGCAGUGUGCGCAGAUGGUGGGAUGUGGACUUGUACCAUAUCGGUGGUGGCUUGCUUUGGUUCGGCACCGUUGGUCUAGGUCGAGUUUC